AUGUCAUCCAUGUUAAUUAAAAGAGAAGAAAUGUCACCCGUGUUAAUCAAAAGAGAAGAAACGUCACCUGUGUCAAUCAAAAUAGAAAAAACGUCACCAGUGUUAAUCAAAAGAGAAGAAAUAUCACCCGUGUUAAUCAAGAGAGAAGAAACGUCACCCAUGUUAAUCAAAAGAGAAGAAACGUCACCAGUCUUAAUCAAAAGAGAAGAAACACCACUAUCAAUGUUAAUUAAAAGAGAAGAAAUCUCACUGCCAAUGUUAACUAAUGAUGAAAUUUCACAUGAUGAAAUUACGAAAGAAGAAGGUUAUCCAAUAAUUUUAAUUAGUAAUAAUAAUUUGUUUCAAGGAAAUGUAAAUGAUUCUGAAACCGAAGAGUUUAUUAAUGAAGAACUUGAUGAAGAAUUUAUUGAUGAAGAAUUAAUUGGCGAAGAAUCUAUUGAUGAAGUAAUAACUAUAGAUGUUCAAUGGCUAGUAGAGCAUCCCAAUGUCUUGCAAUUGGCUAACAAUUUGCUUUUGAAGAACCAAUUAUUGAAAAAGAGUAUUUCAGAAUCUAGAAAUAGUUCUAUCGUACCUAAUAAUAUAAGUGAGGACCUGCUAAAUAUUUUGGAUGAAGAGGUCAAGUGUCUUUUCCUUCGUGUUCGAUUUCCUAUUCCUGCAGUAAUGGAAAGACUUGUAAAAGCAAUUUUCAAUUUUGAUACACGUUCACAAAUUCAUCUUGACAUGAUAAAAAAGACUAGAUCUAAAUUUUGUAAGGCUAGAUGUAGUUAUAAUAAAGGAAUUGUUAUUGGCCAUGACGUAAAUAGACAAGAAGUUACAAGAUAUAUUGUUACUGAAUCAGUUGCAUGCAAACUUUUAAGUCGGUACACGACUUCUACAGAUUAUAAAGAAUUAAAAAGGAAUGGCUCAUUAAAAAUGGCAAUAACCCUUGUUCAGGAAACGGUUUUACUCUAUUGGAAUGGAAAAAACCCUAGAGCUCUAUUUACUUUAGAACAUAUCACUAGUAAUAUCAUAGUACCAUCUAAAAGUGGAAGGAAUAUAGCAAGUUCUCUAAUACUUGAUUGA